ACAGGGAAGCAGCUCUUCGCAGAUGAUUGAUACUGUCUGGUACUACGCCGAUCACGUCUGUGUGGAUGAUCAGUCUUCUAACGUUCUGAAGAAGCUCGUUGAGAACAAAUUCUGAAGCAGUUGCUUGUUUCCGAUCACUGUCUUUCCGCUUGUCAGCUUGUGGCCGACAUGCAGUCGCUAGGGAAAAUGCUAUGUUAUAAAGCUUGUAGAGCGAGCGCUGGGGAGCGCUGGAUGACGACUUCUACUCACUUGAUUACUGCGAGGUACCGGCUGGCACUGUCUUCGCCUCAAUUACUACCCGGAAAACGGUUCCAUGCUCACUUCGGAAAUAGUCUCGGAGUACGCAGGUAUCACGGUGAUCAAGUACCUCAAUGUCACCGCCACUUGCUGCCUCGUUUAUGAUAUGCUCAUUCAUCUCGGCGAUGAGAUCGAGUACAUCUGGAGGGCAUCGCACUCAUGGAUGAAGUGGAUAUAUGCAUUCAUCAGGCACUUUCCGUAUGUUGUUCCCAUAACAAUCAACGUUUUUCUCCCUGGAGCAAGCGGUGGCAGUCGGCUGCACUCGAACCAAUGUCGAGGGUUCAUCAUAUACCAAUUCAUCGCAAAUGAAGCGCUAACUGUAGCUGUCGAGGUUAUCCUGAUCGCACGAGUCUGCGCCAUGUUUAAACGCAACAAGCCCGUUGUCGGCCUCGUCAUCGCGCUUUUCGCCACGGAAGUCGCCGCCAUGAUCACCUUUCUCGCUUUCAGCAUACCCAAAAUCCAGUUCAGCCCGACAUGCCUGAUCACACACACACCCGGUAUCUUCACGUCCUACUGGCUGUGGUCUCUCGCGUUCGAGACCUUCCUCUUCGCCAUGACCUUGAUCAGCUUUUUCUCUGAUAUGCGGCGAGGCCUGUCGGGAAGCUCCGUGUUGUACAUUCUAGUCCGAGACGGGAUGUGGGCAUACGCUGACAUCUUUGCUAUCAUGCUACUUAACACGCUGUGCUAUCAUCUCAUAGAUGGUUCCCUUGCGGGGCUUUGCUUUUGCUGGGAGUUUGCUAUAAUGUCCAUCGCGGGACCCUAUAUCUUGCUCAACUUGCGACGGUUCAGUCAUCGUUCGCAUGGAACUGAAGGGACGACGUUGGGGGUGGAGCUGCUCGGCAGUGUCGAAUUCGCCGGCCGCUCGAUACCUGUUGAAGACUGGAUGUCAGACAGUGUUUCCUAUGGCACUGUCGGACAUGAUACGACGUGAACUUUUGUGAAACGUAGACGAGCAUAUAAAUAGUUCAGACCAUGUUACGGCUGUAUAGUCCUGUCGUUGAUUAUCGUUAUCCGAGAGAGUAGUAAUUAUUCUGCAGAUUACCCGCCCGAGGAGAUACGAUACUUGUAGCUUUUCACUUUGCAAUCUCGUCCGCUGGCUCAGUUGUCGAAUGGAGUUGCCAACCUUUUGUUUGCCCAU